AUGGCAUCGUCCAUAGAUUCCUGGAUUGCUCCUUUGAUUGAAAAGUGUCUUUCUGUCCGGUGGAAGGCCUCUGAGGUGGAAGAUGAUGGAAGUAAUCUUCGAUUCGUCAAUGUCCCUCAGCAAAUCGCCCUAAUCAACGGCUGGGCUACAGGCGAUAAAACACCCACCCUUAAUGUGACCGAUUUCCGUACCCAGAUCGAUGCGAUUCUUAGCAGAGACUCCAUUGAAACAUUCAAGCGAGAAUGUCCCAAUCGCUCGUUCGACAAGGACACGGUCAGAGGACUUUACCUCAAGCUAUUGGAUUUUGAAGUGGUUUUCGAAUACUCCAUCUCUCAGCCUAAGCUUCACCUCUAUGUCACGCGUUUUGAAGUCGCACCCGAUGAACGCCCAUUCAAAGGACCACCGCAAGGCAAAGGUAUCAAAAGGACCCAGUCUCUACAAAAGUUUAUGCGAAAGGUUUUCAGUGAGAUUAAAUCCCGGGAGAGAAACCAGGAUACCCUGGUAGAUACGUCUAGUCUGAAUCAGCCCCCCCAGACACAAGCCAAUGGGGUUUCCCAUGUGGAUGAUACCCAGGAUUUUCUAGCGUCCCAGGUCCAACCAAUGUUCCAUGCUCCUAGGCCCUCGACCGGCUCUAAAAACUCAGAGAAUGGUUCAACUUCUUCGAACAAGCUUCUAGGACUUCUAGAAUCCAACUCCAAAUCUACUGAUCCAAGAUUAGCGACGAGUCACUCACUAAAAGCUACCUCAACAUCUACUAGUCGUGCACGCUCGAUUGAAACCGAAAGAUCGGGGCAGGCUCAUAGCAACGAGCCCAUGACUGCUGUCAGUGAUACUCGAGGCAUGAGCAUGGAAAAUAUGCGCAAGUCUACGCCUACUCUUGCCUCUCAGUCAGUAGCUAUGGAUGAGAGCCCUGGUGCCGCCAAUGCGGCUCGUCAACCCAGUAUGGAUGAGCGUGAGCAGCCAAGUUCGCAACCUCGUAAACCAGACGACAGCAAUAAACGCUCCGCAGAAGUCGCCGAGAGCGUAAAGGAUAAUAGACAUUCGAAGUCGCCAUUGAGCGAACCUGAAAAGAAUACGGCUGAUAAAACAACCUCUGGCACAAAACGAUCCCCCAACCUUCAAGAAUCCAGGAACAAGGACCCGUGGGAUGGUAUGACAAAGAUUCACAGGCGAGAUGUUACCAUACCAAAAAAUCAAGCAGCCUUGUUUGAGCAGCACAACUUGCGUUGGGUUCCCCCUGCUACAGGAGACAUAAUGCCCCAUGGCCAUGUGCCUCCACCUCUUCUAGAGCAAUGGAACGAUAUCGCCUACCAACGAAGUCGGUUGUCUAAAGCGGAAGAAUGGAAAGCUGCUGUCACCCAAUCGGUCGAACAGGUCGACUCGCACGAGCCCUCGCCGGACGCUAGCAGCUCUUCGUCCGAGUCGGAUUCAGAUGGCCCAUAUUCAUGGGAUGGCUCUCCGGAACGGGAUGUUCGCCCUCGGCAGCAAUUACCAGCUGAUAGUAGUCCAGCAGAGCGACGUCCCCCGAGGGUAGUAGUCGCGCAAGCGGGUAGAGGCAAGGAUAGUCUCCAGUCGAAUCCUGAUGCUCAGCGAGAACAGGACCCGCCACGAGACAAUCAGAACGCUCAGGAGCAUGGAAACGUCAAUGGAGUAACCACUGCCACCGAGACACAGCCGUUGGACGUCGAAGAUGCUGCCCAGGAUCGCCAGCCGGUCUCUGAUGAAGAAAGCGAUGAUUCAAUGAUGGACACAUCCGUCCCUUGUCCACUCGGGGCUCCUGGAUCGCAGCAAAGCUACUUUCACAGCCAGUCGGAAGUUGAAUUUACCAGCUCAGGGCCAUCUCUCCCCGCACAUCAUGAACAAGUACAGGUGGUGGAAACCCCUGCCGGCCACUUUAAUCGCCACCAGCCUGCGAACGCGAACAAGGACAAAGCCGGUCCAGUCGCUUCUUCUGAACGAAUAACAACAACCCCCCAGGCCAAGUCUUCCUCUCAGUCGCGCGUUCUGAAUACGUACGCCAGCAACCUACCCGGCACACAAGACACCCAGGGGUUUUCAAACGCUCCCCAGGGAAGUGGUUUCCAUGAAGUUGACAUUAUGGCGACACAACUAAGCAAUGGUAGCUGGCAACCUCAGAACGCGUCUCCGCACCUGAACAUGGCUGUACCCGCUUCGACGUCCCAAUCAGACGGGUCGUCGAAACCGUUCUCAUCUCACAACGAAGUGCUUUCUUCCAACCCGUCAGGUGAAAGUGCAGAAAACGCAUCGGACAUUCCCAAUUCCGCACAGGACCCGCCCGUUGAGCAUACCACUAAAUUGCCACUGAAGCGCUUUGCGUCGGAGCUCGAUGUCGAAGAGCAGUCUCCGGCUAAGCGACACCAUCCUGUCCAACAAGCCCGAGUGAUCAAAGAGCCAACACCCAGCGUGAUAUUUCGUCGACAAAGUUACAUUGGCGGCUCUAGCAACCAUGUGGAGGCGCAAAGAAUUUAUGAAAAAUUCCGCAGCGACUAUCCACUCUAUGCCGGAGACUUUCUGCAUUUUACGGAGUUAUGCUUCAAACUGCGGGCCAUCCGAGCCAAAGGAGACUUGAAGAGGUCUUUUCUGUGGGAUGAUUUUGUCAUCCAACAUUUAAAAGAAUACCAACAGCACGUUGAGCAGACGCAGUCCCAGGACGCAAAGUCACAAGAAUACGAAGAGUAUUUUGCGUCUAAUUUCUCCAGGCCGUCAUUCAAAAAGCGAAGUCUUACGGCGGAUGGGAUCGAAGUAGCCGCUUCUCAAUACAUGCCUGCAGGCCAGACAGACGCGGCAGCGAGCCCUGCCAAGCCUCAGAUGGGCACUUCCUUUACGGGAAGUCUUGCGGACAAAUUUUCGAAUCUCCAAGCACAUUCGUUCGGGCCUUCGACUCAAGGUCUGCAAUCCGAUACCGACGACGAGAAGAUGUCUGCUACAAUGUCUUCACCUACUCCGUACGAAAGGACCAAAUGGUACACUCCUGAUGAAAAUCUAUCAGAUCGCGGGGACCGAGAGGACAUUCAGGCAACAAAUCCUGAGGUUGCCGAACGCGAGCAAGAUACGGAACAUGAUGUCGCUCAUGAAGUUGAAGGCGCUGGGGCUGCCGAGGUGGUUGGAGUUGAAACCAAUUCGAAUGCGCAUCCCCAGGACGUUGAGAUGGCUGAAGUUGAAGUGGCUACAGGUGCCAAAGACGGCCACGAGGAGCAAGAGGUCACCGUUGAAAGCAUUGAAGUUGAAAUCCUUGAAGCCGAUGCGAAAAGUCCUGGCAUGAAUGAAGAUGACCAGCGCCGCAAGGAUGUCGAAAUGACCGAGGUAGCCGAUGAGGCUGAAGAAACUCGGAAUGUCGAAACUGCUGCUGAAGUCACCAACACUUCCCAGGCUGUAGAGAUACAUCGAGAUGCGGAGGAGUCUAAGACCGUCGAAAUAGCCGAGGCGGCCAAUGUCAGCCACAAUACCAAGAGUGGCGAGGUCACUCCGGAUGUUGAAGACACUACGGCCUCCAAAUACUCUCGGGAAAACACUGACGAUGCCGAGGAUACCGAUGCAUCUGGAGUAGCUGAGGUCAUUGACGAAGCCGACGUGAUCCAGGAGACUCAGGAAUACGAGAAUACAGACGAGUCUGACCAGGAGGAUGAUUUUAUGGAUGAGACGCAUGAGACGGCCAGUAUCGAACUCGGCGACAGUGGACUUGCAACAGGCGUGAGGGUCUCUGAAGCUCCUGAGGAGUAUGAAUUACUUGAGAUACCUGCCUCUGAUGUCGGAGCGGAGGCUCAGGCAGAGGCAGAGGCCGAACCAGAAAUCGAACCGGAGGGUGAACAUGACACCCAGCCUGGUAAUGAAACCGAGGCCAAAAGCAUCAACGAAGGCUGGUUCCGAUCCCUUCGACACAUAUACAAACGACCAGCGGGUCCGGUAUGGUCUGACGACUAUAACACGCCUUUCAAAAAAUGGGCGCGGGCCGACCAAAACGUGCUCAAGGAGCGUCAGCGCCGCGGAGGUGCGCAUAUCCCCGUGGACGAGAAGGGAGUGAUCCAACGGUUUAAAUAUUAG